UUAUUUUAUUGUACCUUCUUCCUUCCAGUAUUUUCUGAUUGACAUCGAAGGACCUGCUUUGGCCUUUUUGCCUGUGCUUGCAUUUGAAGGGGGGACCAGGAGGAAUAUACCAAAGUUUGAGGUUGGUACUCUUCUUUAACUUCGGGUUGUGAAGGCGAACUUUGGCAUGAACCCUGAAUUGUCCUGCACUGAUGCCAGUGGAAAAGCUGCAGAAUUUGGCCCCCUCAAAGAUGGAUACAUGUUUGAAACUUCAACUGGCUUAUCAAGAAAGCUGUUAAGUCCGCCAACUUGUCCGGUUCUUGAGGCUCUUGGCAAGAAACUCUCCUUUGAAAUAGCUGUUGGCUUAAACGGUCGGGUUUGGGUGAAUGCUGCCUCUCCAGACACCAUUGUUGUUGUUGCUAAUGCAAUCAUGAACUCAGAGUCUCUGAGCACAGCACAACAGAUAAUUAUGGUGGAGAAUUUGCUCAAGAACAUUCAGUGAUGAAGUUGGUUGUGAAGUUCUAUGGAUAACUCGAGAUCUAUGGAGAAUGGUCCGUCUUUCUCGAAUCAUUUCAGUCC